AAUCGAAUGAUAUAUUAUUGUUCACCUAUAUCAUAUGGACAUCAUUAUUUAGUAUCAGUUUAUUUAUGUAUGGUUUUUUUCCAAUAAAAAUAACAAAUAAUUUACCAUCAAAUUAUAAUGAUAUUCCAGAUAUAAUAAAUAAUAUAAAACUUGAUAAAAAUGAAUUAUACAAACCAUCAGUACAAAAAAUAAUAAUUAUGGUUAUUGAUGCAUUGAGAUGGGAUUUUGUUGAUGUUAAUAAAAUGCCAAUUACAAGUAAUUUAAUUAAUAAUAAUAAAGCUCAUUUAUUAAAAGUUAAAGUUAAUGCUCCAACAGUGACAAUGCCAAGAAUAAAAGCAAUGACAACAGGAAUGUUGCCAAAUUUUAUAGAUGUUGUUUUAAAUUUAGGUAAAUCAGAAGUACAAAGUGACAGUAUAUUACAUCAAGCUCAAAAAAAUAAUCAUAAAUUAGUAUUUUAUGGUGAUGACACAUGGCUUAAAUUAUUUCCAAAUAUAUUUCAUCGUCAUGAUGGUACAACAUCAUUUUUUGUAACUGAUUUUACAGAAGUUGAUGAUAAUGUAACACGUCAAAUUGACAAAGAAUUAUAUGAUAAUAAUGAUUGGUCAAUAAUGAUACUACAUUAUUUAGGUCUUGAUCAUAUUGGUCAUGUAUUUGGACCACAUCAUAAUUUAAUAACACAAAAAUUACAUGAAAUGGAUAAUAUAAUAUAUAAAUUAAAUAAUAAAAUUAAUCAAUUUAAUGAUAAUAACAUAUCAUCAUUAUUAAUUGUAUGUGGUGAUCAUGGAAUGAAAGAUAGUGGUGGUCAUGGUGGUGCAACACCUGAAGAAACACUUGUACCAUUUGUUGUAUUUGGAAAUAAUUAUCAAAAAAAUAUUCAUCAUAAUUAUUAUAAUGAAAUUGAUCAAAUUGAUAUUGCAACAACACUUGCUGUAUUGUUGGGUCUACCAAUACCAUCAUCAAACAUUGGUACAGUAUCAAUGAAUAUCAUAAAAAAUUAUUCCACAAAACAACAGCUAUUUAUUCUUUAUUAUAAUGCAAAACAAAUAUAUUUACAUUUUAAAAAAAUUGAUGAUUAUAAAUUUAGUAAAAUACAUGAUAAUUAUAAUGAGGCUAUUAAAUUACAUUAUAAUUUAUUAAAUAAUAAUCAAGAAAAUGAAAUAGUUGAUAGUCAAGCUAAUUAUAUUAUUCACAAAUAUUAUGAAAUUCUACAACAAAUGAAAGCAAUUCUUGUUAAAAGUACAAUCAAAUAUGAUCUAACAAUCAUGACAUUUUCAAUUAUUUUAAUUAUACAAUAUUUCGUAUUAAUUAUUAUUAAUUCAAGCAUGAAAAAUAAUAAUUUUUCAAUCAAAAUAUUUAUACUCACGUUAUUUUUGAGUGGGAUAUUUUGGUUUGUUUUAAUUAUUUGUUUAAACAAUGCUAAUAUUGAUAAUAUUUAUUCAGAUUUUAUAGAUAUACCUAAUUUUUUAAAGCUCAUUAUUAUUAGCCUCAUUAUAUUUAAUUGUUAUUUAUUAUCAAAAUCAAUAUCUAAUAAUUUUCAAUUAAAUAUUACAAAUGUUUCUUUUGUUGGAAUUUUUUUAUACAUUGCCAGCUUGACAAGCAGUAGUUUUAUAGAAGAAGAACAUCAAAUUUGGUAUUUUUUUUAUACAACAUUUUUAAUUUAUACAAUGUAUUAUCAUGUUAAAAAAAUUAAUUAUCAUUUAGCUGAUAUUAAUGGUGAUAAUUUGAUUAUUUUAAUAUUGACAUUAGCAAUUGUUCAUAGAAUUUUUAGAAAAUUAAAUAGUACAGGUAAUAAAUAUGCUCAUUUACCAGAUAUUAAAAAUUGGCUUGAAGCUAAUGAUUCAAAUAUAACCAUGACUUUGUUGCUUAUAGCAUCAUUAUUAAUAUUAAUUACAAUUUCAUAUAUAACAGAACGUAAAAAGUACAAAGCAACAACAUUAAUAUUUAAUUUAAUAUUAGCUUGUUGUAUUUAUCAAAGACAUGCUUCAUCAAAUAAUUAUGUUAUAAAUUUUUUACAUUUAAAAUCUCAGGGUAUUUAUGAAGUUUAUUUAUUCUGGAUGGCAAUUAGUUUAUUAUUAAUUUAUCGCAUUAAUAAAACUUUAAAUUUACAAAAUAAUAACAAAUUAUUUAGACAAAUAAUAUUUAUUUUCAUUGAAGUUUUAAUAAUGAUAUCAGCAUUACUUCAUCGUCCUCAUAAUGUGAUAAUUUUACCAGUUCAAAUAGUGACAAGUAUUGUUAUUCAUAAAUAUAUAACAAAUGAUACAAAUUGUAUAUUUAUUAGUUAUUUAAUUGGUAAUGUUUAUUAUUUUUAUCAGGGUAAUUCAAAUAGUUUAGCAACAAUUGAUGUUGCUGCUGGUUAUGUUGGUUUAACAUCAUACAAUCCAAUAAUUGCAACAAUAUAUUUAUCAAUCAACACAUUUUCAUCGAGAAUUAUUGAAUAUUUAAUAUUAAUAUACAUCAAAACAAUUAAUAAUAAUAAUGAAUAUUCAUCAAUGAUAAUUAAUUUAAAUCAACAAUGUCUUGUUAUACAUUUUUUACCAUUUUUAUUUUACACAAUAAUUAUAAGCAUGCAAAGAUAUCAUUUAUUCAUAUGGACAGUAUUUUCACCAAAAAUAUUAUACGAAUCAUUUCAUUGUGCAAUUUUUUUUAUUGCUAUAUUUAUUGUACAGAGUAUUUUAAUUUUAAUUGAAAAUAAUAUGAAAAAAAAAAUGAAUAAAUAUGUAUAUUAAAAAAUAACAUUAUUUCGAUUUAAUUUAUUUUAUUACAAUUAUUUUUUUUUACAUUGAAUAAAUAAAUAUAAAAUUAACAUGACAAUGAUUCAAUAAAUUUAUCAAUUGCUAGUUUUUUUUUCAACCAUCCACAACAAUAUUUUUAAUAAUUUAAUUAGUUAUUUUUUAUUUUUUUUUUGUAUAAUUUAAUUUUCUAGAAUUUACUAAUGCACACACACACAAAAGAUAUUGAAAUAAUUUAUUGCUAUUGCCAUUUGUAGUAUGUAUAUAAAUUUAAUAAAUAAUAUCAAAUAUUUUUAUGGUAAUAAUUAAUUAUUUUUGGAUAUUUAUCGCAUUGAAAUACUAUUAUCAAUAUGGUUGACUUGUUUUUUUAUAUAUUUUUUUAAAAAAUGUUUAUGGUUGUAUAAAAAUAUUAUUUCUCUGAAGUCCAAAUAGAAAUAUGCUUAAAUGCUUAAUUAAUAAAAGCAAUGAUUAUAAAAAAAAAAAAAAAAA